GUUUUAAGAAAAAUGCUCAAAUCACAUUAUAAGCUUCAACAAGAUGUAGAUGGAGUUGAGCAGGAGAUAGAAGAAUCUUUACAUUUCGAACAAUUAGCUGAGGCUGUAGCAGAAGAAGAGCAAAAAGAAAUAGUUCCCAAUGCUUUGCCAUAUCCAGAGAGGAAGCUUAAUCGAUCCGAAAUAAGCGUUCGUCUGACUCUGCUUGGCAAAACAGCUGAAGGCGAUGGCUACACGUAUCUAAAGGCCGUAUGUACUGGGAUGAGUUUAACAAAUAUCAGCGCGAUUAAAUCGUUCCAACAUUUACAAUUCGUUGAUGUAUCCAACAACAAUUUGACUUUAGAAAACCUACAAGUUGUCACAGAACUACCAUUUCUUCUUCUAAUUCAUGCUGAUAAGAAUCUUCUAAACUCGGCUGGUUUGAAAAAGACGAAGUACAUGCAAGUGAUCAUUAUGAAUAACAAUAAAUUAACUUCAGUGCGUGAUGUUUUCCAACCAGAGCUAUGCACAUUAGAAGUUGGCUACAACAAAAUUAGAAGAGUAGAUCUACUUAGUAUGCCAAAUAUAAAAUGUUUAGAUUUUCGAUACAACCUGAUCGAAGAUAUCUCGAAUUUUGAUUUUCCAAACUUAGACAGUUUAUAUUUAGCUGGAAACAAAAUUACCAGUCUAAAUGGUAUAGAAAAAUUGCCGAAUCUAAGAGUUUUGCACGUGAGAAACAAUCCGAUAAGGAUCUUAAGCGGAUUCGACCCCGAAUUAAAGAAAUUACAAUACGUAAAUUUGCGCAACUGCAAAGUUUCAACUUUAAAACAAAUUAAAAAGUUACGGGUACUACCCGCGCUAGAUACUCUUGUCGUAAGGGGUUGCCCUUACAUGGGUGGAAUAGGCGAAGAGGACGCAGAAGUAGGUGUCGAAGAAGAAGAUGAACAAUUAAGAAUAGAAGUUCUUGCUUCACUUCCAAAGCUUAAGAGGCUUAACAAAGGAACCAUUACACCAGAAGAGAGGACUGAAGCUAAGGAACUUAUUAAACAAUGGAUAGAAGAUGGUGAGAUUAAUGAAGAAGAAAUAUUGGAAGAACAGCAUCAUGAUGACGAAGAAUCAAAUGUUGACUAGCAUUACAUACUAAAA